AUGGUCAACAGCGUUGUCAUGCCCACAACCGAUCCCGUCAUUUCAAGAAGGGCAGAGGAUUGGUCCGACCCAACGCCCGCAAAUCCACGGCCAAGGUUACCGUACGAUCCAAUAAGUCCUCAUGUGGCGAAGAGACGGCUGCUAACACGCUCGUCCGAGCAGAAGAAGAAGCAGACGAAAAAGGCCCCUCCCAUCGGCUCGGUGCGUGACUUCCCAUGCCGCCCCUGCGUCACACGCGCCACCAAAGCCCCCGGCCAUGAAUGUGCCUCCCAAGACAAUACUGGUGCUGCGUGCUGGGACUGCGCAAAGAACGCUCACACCUGCAGGCCGGUCCCGGUUGGUGCUCUUGCUGCUGUGCGCGCCUUUUGGGAGCUGAAUCGGCAGCUCAAGCGUGCGAAUUCCGAUCCAGACGAUGCCUGGCGGACUGCUGCACAGCGCGCAGCACAACAAUUACGAGCUUGCGGUAGUGGUGCGGCUCUUCCUGCCGCUCCAGGACCAGCUCCCGCUUUGGCUUCGUUCGGCGAGAUAGCUGAGAAGAGCCCCGAGGAGCGAAAGAUCAUGGCGCUGGAGACCAUCGCUGAGGCUGCUCGGCUCUGGAUUCAGCUCAAUAAGCCGGACGAGGAGGACGAGGAGGACGAGGAAGAGGUAGAAGAGGACAAUUGA